CGAUCUCUCACACGCGCGAAAACGGACGCACGUGAUAAUAAUACAGGGAGAGAGAGACCUGAACUGGAAGGAAGGGAAGCUCAACUGACCGUCCCUUUCUGUUUGCAAUUUUGCAGCUCUUUCCUUAUAUUUUCUUGUUUCGACACGCACGAGGCUUCCUAUUUUCUUAUUUAUUUAUUUUUUAAUAAAAAAAUUAUUAAAAAUAUAAAACUAUCUAUUAGAAUUAAAUUAAUUAAAAAGCUAAUUAAUUUAAUUUAAUUUAAUUUAAUAGUAAACUUCCUCUCUUUCCUUCACUUCCGUUGCGUUUCUUUUUACCUUUGAGAAACUCGUCCAGCAGAAGAAGAAAAAAAGCUUUGUUAUGGCCGCCUGAGCUCUCUCUUUCUCUGUUUAGCUUUGUCUCUCUAAAAUUCUCUUUCUCUCUCUGUCUCUUCAAGUUUAAGGUUGUUCAGAGGAGGUGGGGCGGCGUUGAGGGGUUGCUGAGCUUAUGUAACUGAAAAUAGCUGUACAGAACAAAGUUAAACGGAUCGAUUUUAAGAACCAAAAAUAAUAUCGAAUCUUAUUUGCUUUUCGAGCAAAAUUUCAUCUUGGGUUUGAUUAAUAGGAGCAAGACUUAGAAUGACUAAGAGCGAAGAAUCAGGUAGUCCUAGUUGGGGUGCUUCAUUUUUUAUGCAAACAACAGAAGAUGUGGCCAAAGCUGUCGCUGCUGCAGCUGCUGCUGCCACUGCGGCUCAUUCUCCUAGGCCAUCUGUGGUAUUUUCAUCAAAAGAUGAAAAUGGUGGAAGCCAACUCCAAAAGAUACAGCGCCAAGUUGCCAGAAUCCUGAAAGGCUUCUCACAGCCUCCUCAAGUAAAGUCAGGAACUUACAACCCAGAAGUUCUGACUAGCCAGAAGCGUCAAUGGGCUAACUUUCAGUUGCAGUACUUGGAUCAUAGGUCUUUAAAGGAGCCAACAAGACUUUUUGAGAGCAUGGUAGUUGUUGGGCUUCACCCUAAUUGUGACAUUCAGGCACUGGAAAGGCAAUAUAUUGCAAGAAAAUCUGAAGGUUCUGGAAAAUUGAGAAGUGCCAUUAGUUACCAAACACGUGUAGAAGCCAAUAUUGAACCUCAGGUGUUAUUUGUUUACCCUCCGGAAAAGCAGCUGCCUCUUAAAUACAAGGAUCUUCUUUCAUUUUGCUUCCCUGGAGGUCUAGAGGUUCAUGCUGUUGAGAGAUCUCCUUCCAUGAGUGAGUUAAAUGAGAUACUUCUCGGGCAGGAGCACCUUAAACAAAGCGAUCUGUCCUUUGUGUUCCGGUUGCAGGUUGCUGAUGAUUCAACGUUAUAUGGAUGCUGUGUGUUAGUCGAAGAACUAGUACAAAAACCUUCCGGAUUGCUUUCCAUAAUUUCAGAUAAACAACCUUCCUAUCCAUCUCUGAGCCGCCAUAUACUAACCACUCGCAGAUGUUAUUGUAUUCUCUCAAGGCUACCUUUCUUUGAGUUGCAUUUUGGUGUAUUGAACAGCAUAUUCACAGAAGAAAGGCUAGAAAGAUUAACAAAAGGUAUCAAUCUUUUAGAUUUAGAAUCCCCAGAGGAUUAUAUGAAAGAAGAAAGUUCGGAAGAAAAUACAGAAGAAACUUCAGAUAGUGAUGAUAGAGCUGCGGAGGACAUGGUUAAUGGUACAGAGGAGUUUUCCCAACUGGGAGAUUCUACACAUGGAAGAGUUACAGAUGAUGGAAGUCACUUAGAGCAUCAAUUGCUUGACGGGGAUACACACUUAGUGAAGAAAGGCAUAAAUAGUGAUGAUAUUCUUCCAGCUGACCAUAAAAAUGAAACUCAGAUUGUAACGGCCAGAAGAGAAUCUGGUACUGCAAAUGCUGAAAACUGUGAUGUCUAUGUGGAUGAGUUUGUAACGAACAAGCAAGCACUGGAAAGACGAUUUCCAAAUGCUGUUCUUCCACUCCUUCGCCAUUAUCAGUACGAAAGCUCUGAAUCUUCUUCCAGUUUUCAGGGUUCUCCUAGUGAGGACAGGAAUUUUCGGAGUGACGUUGAUGAUACUGAAACGGAAGAGGCAUCUUUCUCUGGCCAAGAUGAAUCCAGUGACCUUAUUGAUAUUCUUGAAUGGGCCAAGGCAAAUAACCAUGGGUCAUUACAGAUUAUAUGCGAGUAUUACCGGUUAUGUUGCCCUACAAGGGGGUCAACACUCAGAUUUCAUCCUCUGGAGCACCUGCAUCCCUUGGAAUAUCAUAGACCAGAAAAAACUUUUAUUCAUGUUGCUGGUUCAACUAUUGAUUUGAGGUCAUGCAAUUCAAGUUUGGAAUAUGCUGAGGCACACAGUGCACUUUUGGCAGAAGAGGAAGCAAGUGCAUUAUCAAUAUGGGCUAUUGCAUGCAUAUGUGGCUCCUUGCGACUUGAAUAUGUAUUGACAUUGUUUGCAGGAGCCCUGUUGGAGAAGCAGAUUGUGGUGAUCUGUUCCAAUUUGGGUACUUUAUCUGCUCUAGUAUUGUCAGUUAUCCCUCUAAUCCGUCCAUAUCAGUGGCAAAGUCUACUUAUGCCGGUUUUACCAAAUGACAUGCUGGACUUUUUGGAUGCACCUGUUCCCUACAUUGUUGGCGUAAAGAACAAAACCAAUGAAGUACAGUCAAAGUUAUCCAAUGUAAUUCUAGUUGAUGCCAACAAGAACCAGGUGAAGGCACCUACUAUACCUCAACUGCCACAACAGAAGGAAUUAUUUUCAUCCUUAAGUCCAUAUCAUGCAAAACUUGUGGGAGAAAGUUAUUUGGGGAAGAAAAGGCCUGUAUAUGAAUGCACUGAUGUACAGAUUGAAGCUGCCAAGGGUUUCCUAACAGUGUUAAGAAGUUACUUGGAUUCUCUUUGCUCUAACCUCCGUUCACAUACAAUUACAAAUGUACAGUCCAAUGAUGAUAAGGUAUCCUUGCUUUUAAAGGAGAGUUUCAUUGAUUCAUUCCCUAGUCGCGAUCGACCAUUUAUGAAGCUUUUUCUGGACACACAACUCUUUUCCGUACAUACAGAUCUUGUUCUAUCUUUCUUUCAGAAGGAAUGAGUAUAGAGCCAAUUAAAGAUUUUAGCAUAUAGUCUGUGCCCUCAUAUUGUAACUUGAACGUAAGUUCAGUGAUGCAUAAUGUAUUAAAUUAUAUGACUUUGUAUGUUGAAAUUUUCCCUUGCUCGUAAUGUUGCUGCCCUUUGUAUUAUCACUCUUAACUUGUACAUACGGUUUGUUUUCAUUAUAUAUUGAAGAGGCUAGCCAUUUUUGUAACA